AGUGCUGGAGCCGACGCCUCCUGCGCUCAACUCGCCGCCUCUCCGCGCUGUCCCCGCGUCCGCCCGCGCUAACUACUCGUCCAGCUUCGCUCCGCCCCACUAUAUUCUGCUUUUCCCCGCCCCACCCCACCCUACCCCACCCCAUCCCUGGGCCCAGUCCCCCCCUCCCCCUCGGGGUCGGAGCGCGGGGACCGGAGUCGGCUGUCUGGCCAGCCUCCUGGGACCUCGAGCUGUGCUGCUGGGGCAGGUGGCCGGAGUGCAAGAGCCGAGGAUCACAGCAGCCUGGCUUCCAGACCUCAGCGCCACUAGUCCCCGACCAGCUGAAAACUCCUGGAGCCCACUAAGAAACGCCCCAGGACAGCGGCAGAAACGGCCGCAGGAGCUUCCCCUGGAGACUGCUGAAAGAAGCCACCACGCGUGGAUGCGGGGGGAGCCUAGAGACUCGCGUAGCGGGCGCCGCUUCUGCCCUCGGGCGCCUUAUGGCUUGAAGGAACAGAACACAGCUGGCCAGUGGCUCCAUUGCUCCCAUGGAUCCCUUGAACCUGUCCUGGUAUGAUGAUGACCUGGAUGGCCGGAAUUGGUCGCAGUCCUUGAAUGGCUCUGAGGAAAAGACAGACAAGCCCCACUACAACUACUAUGCCAUGUUGCUCACCCUGCUCAUCUUCGUCAUUGUCUUUGGUAACGUGCUAGUGUGCAUGGCUGUGUCUCGAGAGAAGGCCCUUCAGACCACAACCAAUUAUCUAAUUGUCAGCCUUGCUGUGGCUGACCUCCUCGUGGCCACACUAGUCAUGCCCUGGGUCGUCUACCUGGAGGUGGUAGGAGAGUGGAAGUUCAGUCGGAUUCACUGUGAUAUAUUUGUUACUCUGGAUGUAAUGAUGUGCACUGCAAGCAUCCUCAACCUUUGUGCCAUCAGCAUCGACAGGUACACAGCAGUAGCUAUGCCAAUGCUCUACAACACCCGCUACAGCUCCAAGCGCCGUGUUACCGUCAUGAUCACCGUUGUCUGGGUUCUGUCCUUCGCCAUCUCCUGCCCACUGCUUUUCGGGCUCAACAACACAGAUCAGAAUGAGUGCAUCAUUGCCAAUCCUGCCUUUGUUGUCUACUCCUCCAUCGUCUCCUUCUACGUGCCCUUCAUCGUCACCCUGCUCGUCUAUGUUCAGAUUUACAUCGUCCUUCGAAAGCGCCGGAAGCGUGUCAACACCAAGCGCAGCAGCCGGGGGCUGGAGUCUGAUGCACAGGCCCCACUCAAGGAUAAAUGCACUCACCCUGAUGAUAUGAAGCUCUGCACUAUUAUCGUGAAAUCCAAUGGGAGUUUCCCAGUGAACAAGAGGAAAGUGGAGGCUGCACGCCGAGCGGAACAGAUGGAGAUGGAGAUGAUGUCCAGCACCAGCCCACCGGAGAAAACCAAAUACAGUCCCAUCCCCCCAAGCCACCAUCAGCUCACCCUCCCUACCCCCUCCACCCAGGGAGUCCAUUCUUCCCCUGACAGCCCUAUAAAGCCAGAGAAGAAUGGGCAUGCCAAAGGCCACCACCCCAGGUCUGCCAAAGUCUUUGAGAUCCAGUCUAUGCCCAAUGGCAAAACUCGGACUUCACUCAAGACCAUGAGCCGGAGGAAGCUUUCCCAGCAGAAGGAGAAAAAAGCCACCCAGAUGCUGGCCAUUGUCCUUGGAGUUUUCAUCAUCUGUUGGCUGCCAUUCUUCAUCACCCACAUCUUGAAUAUGCACUGUGAUUGCAACAUUCCACCCGCCAUGUACAGUGCAUUCACAUGGCUGGGCUAUGUCAACAGUGCUGUCAACCCCAUCAUUUAUACUACCUUUAACAUCGAGUUCCGCAAAGCCUUCAUGAAGAUUCUCCAUUGCUGACCCUGCCAAUUGCCUGCCCACCUGCCUGUCUACCCAACCACUUGCCCGCCUGUCUCACCAAGGAAAGAGCCAAUGGUGAUGAGGGGAGGGGGAACUGGCCCUCCUUUCUGAGUCCAUUGACUCCCCCUGCCCACCUCUCUGGCAGGCAGGGUGGAGGCCCUUCAUGCAGAUCCAAGGGAGUCUGUUACAGGAAUUGCAUUGCUCUCAACUACAGUGUCUAAGCCUCGGAAGCAGCAAGUUGCUUAUUGGCCCUGUUCCUGGGGCUGGAUCUCUUGGGGACUGUGGGGACAGCUAAUACAGAGAGCAGGGUCUGCUCACAGGGACUUCCCCCUCUGCUUCUUGGACACUUUCCCUUUGCACCAAAGACAAAACCACCAGCUGCUGUCACUAUUUUCUGCCCCUUCUCCUUCCUGGCUCUGAGUAUGGAUGCAAGAGCUGGGAAACCUAAUUGAGGUCUCUAGACCCUACUCACUCUCCACCUGCCUGGCCCUGGGUGGGGUCUGAGAAGUCAGUGGGAGGGCCUGGUCAAGGCUAGGGACAGCAGGAGCAACAGCAAAGGUCAAGUCUGGCACCCAUCAAUGGCACCAUGAGUCCUAUGUAAAUACUAGACCACAGGAUGAAUCCCGGAGAAGCCGAAGCCAAAAAAAAGAAAAACAAGUAAAUCCUUCUCUAAGAUGCUGCUUUGCAUGGCAGUAAGAAGUAGUGGUCUGGGGGCUGCUCCCUAUGUGUCCUCCAGCUUCCUAUCUAGUUGGCUGCUACAUGAAGGACAUUCUGGAACUAUUUUUGGUUUUGUGCAUUGAGCUGGGCAGCCCACUGACCCCUUAAAGCCCACAGCAAAGGGGGAAAAGAGAGAUGGACUAUGAGACUGGUUACUUUGAGAGAGACUAGCUUGUUGGGUCUAGCAUCCCAAUAAAUGACUGAAAUUCUGCCUCAGAUCCUAAGGACCUGAAUAUUGGCCUGUGGCUGGAGUGAGGGCAUAUAGGCUAGGGGCUGACAACCUGUGGCAAGGGUAUCAUAGUGUUACUUGAGGUGAUAAUGUUGGUAGCCAUGUACCACACCUCCUUUUAUCUUCUUCCUCUCUCCCUCUUUAUUCCCCCUGCUUGUCCCUUUCUCUUUACCAUUCCCUGCCUCUGCCUUAGACCUGCCAUCAGCUCAACAGGCUGUUGACCCUGUCCUGGUCCUGUGGGGGACAAGGGAAAUAGCUGCUGCUAUGGAGGUUACUUGGCCCCUGUGUCUACAAGGCCACUGGCUGUCCCCAGGCCCCAAUAUUUCUGUACCAUCACUGUACAUAUGACAAUCCAAUAAAAUCUAAUGGAAACAGGUG